AUGUAUGAUCAUACCAGCUGGAAACAUCACUGGAAAGUGACUCGCACAGAGGAACAAAUGAAAAACAAUCUGGCUUUGUGUUUGUCCGCUACACCCGCCAGUGAUCUGAUUGGCCCCACGUUUCGUUCCCCCUGGUCACGUGAUCCGGUGGAUGAGGUGGACGAGGAUCAAUCGGAUACCGAUCUCAUACAAUCGAGAAUAUGGAGUCCGCCGGUUCGAAAAAGAGAUCGAUUGGGAUGCCUAGCCUUGGUGUAUUCUUUUCGGUCGGGUCAAAUCGAUGUGCAACCAAAUGGUUUUCAACUGGCUGUGCUUCGUCGUCAAGAAGGUGGACUGUGUGGUUGGACAAAUGAUCUGAACAGUUGGCGUCAUCGCUGGGUGCUACAAGACGAGGUCGAGAAUCGGAUGUGUUGCUUCUCGUCCAAAUCAACUGAAUCGAAUCCUCCGUCAUCAGACACUACUGCAGAUUCUCCAUGGCUCAUACCCAAUCCACCAAUAAUCGGUCGAAAGACAAAACCGACCGGGAUGAAUAUGCCUAGCACAAUACAGUCACGAUUAUGGAGUCCGGCAUUUCCUGUCGACCUGAAAUUACAAUGUUUGCAAUUUAAUUUCCGUGUGGACGUGGGCCUAAAGCGAGGCUCUGACGCAACUCGAAUCGAAGGACUGAGUCUAGCUCUGCUCCAGCGUCGAGAAGGGUAA